GUGAAAAGUAAUAUUUAGUACUCAAGAAAACACGCUAAAGAGAAGAAAUAAUUGGGUAGAUUUAUUUUUUGCGAUUGAUCACAUCCACUUUUAAGAAGUGAAAAUCUUUUUUAUGAAAAAGUAUUUGUGACUCAUUUUGCGGAAAGGAAAACUACUAGCAGUAAUCUUUAAGAAAACCUGGAACAGCGGUUGAAACUCUGAUCGUCGGUACUGACGCUAGAAUAGAAGUCACUAACAAGUAUUUAACUGCGGCAUUUGUGAAAAUUAAGGCACUGGAAAAAUGUCUGUGAUUGGAAUUGAUUUUGGUAAUGAGUCUUGCUACGUUGCUGCCGCCAAGGCCGGUGGUAUUGAAACGCUCGCAAAUGACUAUAGUUUGCGUGCAACACCUUCUUUUGUGGCUUUUGAUGGGAGGAAGCGUAUCAUAGGCGUAGCUGCCAAAAAUCAACAGGUCACUAAUAUGAAAAAUACAGUGAGUGGUUUCAAGCGUUUAUUGGGACGUAAAUUCAACGAUCCACACGUGCAACGUGAACUUAGCAGCAUUCCAACGAAAGUUGAUCAACGACCAGAUGGCAGCAUUGGCUAUAAAGUUAACUAUUUGGAUCAGGAGCAGUACUUUUCUCCCGAACAACUGACAGCAAUGCUCUUCACGAAACUGAAGGAAACGUCGACAACUGCUUUGCAAGCACAGGUUAAUGAUUGUGUAAUCGCUUGUCCAGCAUACUUCACCAAUUCAGAGCGCAAAGCAUUAUUGGACGCUGCUCAAAUUGCAGGUCUGAACGUAUUGCGUCUCAUGAACGAAACUACAGCAACUGCGCUAUCAUAUGGUUUUUAUAAGCAAGACUUGCCAGACGAUAGCAAACCACGUAAUGUCGUGUUUGUUGAUUGUGGAAAUUCGUGUUUGCAAGUUAGUGUAUGCUCUUUUACGAAAGGUAAAUUGAAGAUGAUUGCAAGUGCUUGGGAUCAGAUUGGUGGACGCGACUUUGAUAGUGUUUUGGCGGAUCACUUCGCUAAAGAAUUUAAUGACCGUUAUAAACUGAAUGCCAAGACUAACCCUCGUGCUUAUUUACGUUUGCUUACUGAAAUUGAGAAAUUAAAAAAGCAAAUGUCAGCGAACAGUACUAAGCUGCCCAUCAACAUAGAAUGUUUUAUGGAUGAUGUUGAUGUUUCUUCAUCAAUGCAACGUACUCAGAUGGAGGAACUCUGUGCGCAUCUAUUUAAACGCGUAGAGGUGACAUUUAUUAAGUUAUUACAAGAUUCCAAAUUAUCGUUGGAUGAUAUACACUCCGUGGAAGUUGUCGGUGGUUCUACUCGUAUUCCGGCGAUAAAACAGCUAAUUGAGCAGGUCUUUGGCAAGCCGGCUAGUACCACUUUGAAUCAGGAUGAGUCGGUUUCGCGCGGUGCAGCACUGCAAUGUGCAAUAAUGUCGCCAGCUGUUCGCGUACGUGAAUUCGGUGUAUCCGAUAUUCAAAAUUAUGCCGUGAAAGUGAGUUGGGAUGGUGAGGGUUGCCAACCUGGCGGUGAAAUCGAAGUAUUCCCCGCUUUUCAUUCUGCUCCCUUUAGCCGCUUGCUUACUCUGAAUCGAAAAGAACCAUUCGCAAUGACUGUGCAAUAUGCACAACCGAUACCGUUCCCGGACCCAGUUAUAGGCAAAUGGUUUAUAAAUGAUGUUAAACCAAAUGAACGCGGCGAACAUCAAGAAGUUAAAGUGAAAGUUCGCAUCAAUCACCACGGUAUUGUAUUGAUUUCUAGUGCAUCUCUUGUUGACAAGAAAGAAGAAGAUGCCUCUAAUACCACGAGCAAUGCCGGCGAGCAAAGCGCUGCACCCGGUAGUGAAGAAAAGGCUAAUACUGGUGAUCAACAGCAUCAGCAAGCUGGCAAUAGCGGUGAGCCGAUGGAUGUACAGCAAGAGGCAUGUUAUGAUAAUGAAGAUGAUAAUAAUACAUCAACAGCCUCAUCACCUGGAGGACAAGGGUGGGCUCAGCGGGUCAAGGGCUGGUUUAGUUCGGGUACUGAGAAGAAAAAGAAGGCCACUAAAUUAAUUGAGCUUCCAAUGGAAGUGAAGACUCAUGGUUUCUCAACGCUUGACUUGCAAAACUUGGUUCAACAAGAGGCUAAAAUGAUUGCAAACGAUGCACGUGAGACCCAACGCGUUGACGCUAGAAAUGCCCUCGAAGAAUACGUGUACGAUAUGCGUAACAAGCUUCAGGGUGGUCCACUUGAACGUUAUGUCUUGGAAGCAGAUCGUGAAGCAAUAUGCUCCCAACUUAAUGAUCUCGAAAAUUGGUUGUACGAGGAAGGAGAAGAUUGCGAUCGCGAAACUUAUGUUAACAAAUUGAAGGGACUCCAUACCCAAACUGAUCCGAUUAAAGAACGCGCCAACGAUUACGAAAAUGCACCAGCUGCUUUCGACGAAUUGAAUCAUACCAUUCAAGUAGCACGUGGUGCUAUUAAUGAAUUUAAAAAAGGCGCCCCUAAGUAUGAUCAUCUAACAGAGGCCGAAUUCUUGAAUAUCUCUGAGGCAGUCGACAAAGCACAGAAAUGGCUCGACAGUCAUAUGGGCAAAUUUACACAGACACCGCGAAUGCAUGACAGCCCCGUAAAAGUAGCCGAUAUACGCCAUGAAGUACAGACUUUGAAUUCCUGCGUUAAUUCGGUGAUUAAUCGUCCAAAACCAAAACCAGCUUCGAAACCAGCACCUGCGAAAGAUGCCAAUUCGACGGGUUCGGGGGAGCAGAACGGUGAAAAUGCUGAAAAAGAAAAUGAUAAAGCGGGACAUAAUCCAAUGGAUGAUGCUACUAUGGACGUAGAGUAAAGAAAAAAUAUGUGCUACUAUGGUGGGGGGUUUAUAGGACGUACGCAAGUUCGGCCUGACCCAUAAAUUGGAAAACAAAACAACAACAAGGGGGUUUUUCCGUACACAUACACACACAUACGAUUAUGGGAGUUUGGGUGGACAUGGAGAUCAAAGUGGAAGUGAAAAAUAAGAAUUGGGAAGUUGUCUGCAACGGAGGGCGAUGAAAGAAAUCAACAUAAUCUCUGAAGUAAAUCAGGAAAUAAAAUAACCAACAAAACACCAUGCGGAUUCUGUUGUUAUUUACACGCAAAUUCAAUUGAAAACUAUUUCAAUAUUUAUAACAAAAGAAAUUAAUUAUUUUUAAUUUUUACUAAUUGCUAUGCAAACUAUGCUAAAAUAACAACAAAAAAAUAUUUGCAAAUAAAUCAAUCCACUAAAGGAUAAAAUACCAAACAGA